GGAGCUCUACUGUCUCUCACCCCAGACUCAGAAUCCACCUCAAACCCUUUUCCUUUCUGGGUUUGCUCUCUUCAUCUCUGUAAGGAAAAUGUUGGUGUUAGUCUCUGUGUUGCUUGUAUGCUCUUCAGCCUUCAUAAGUCCUGCUCUUGCAGCAAAAGUUUCAUAUUUUGAUGGAUUUCUCCAAAAUGGCAACUUUGAAGAAGGGCCCAAGCCAACGAACCUGAACAAAACAGUCAUCAAGGGGAAACACUCACUACCCAAAUGGGAAAUCAGUGGCCUUGUUGAGUACAUCUCUAGUGGUCCACAACCUGGUGGCAUGUUUUUUGCUGUUGCUCAUGGUGUUCAUGCAGUAAGGCUUGGCAAUGAAGCUUCAAUCUCCCAAAGCAUACCAGUUAAACCAGGCUCCCUUUACUCCCUCACCUUCGGUGCUUCAAGGACUUGUGCACAAGAUGAGGUGUUAAGGGUCUCAGUGCCUCCUCUAUCUGGGGAUCUCCCACUUCAAACUUUGUACAGUAGCAAUGGAGGUGACACUUAUGCUUGGGGAUUCAAAGCCACCUCUAAGGUUGCUAAGGUGAUAUUCCACAACCCCGGCAUUCAAGAAGAUCCUACUUGUGGACCUCUAUUGGAUGUUGUAGCCAUUAAAGAGCUUUACCUUCCCAUGCCCACAAAAUUUAACAUGGUUAAGAACGGCGAUUUUGAAGAGGGUCCUCAUCUUUUCCAUAACUCCACCAAUGGUGUUCUCCUUCCCCCCAAGCAGCGAGACCUCACGUCCCCACUCCCAGGGUGGAUCAUUGAAUCUACGAAAGCUGUGAAAUACGUAGAUGCAAAGCAUUUCAAUGUUUACUCAGGACAAGCAGCAGUUGAGCUAGUUGCAGGCAGGGAAAGCGCCAUUGCCCAAGUCCUGAGAACAGUUCCAGGCAAAAUCUACAAUGUCACUUUCACAGUUGGAGAUGCAAAGAAUGGCUGCCAUGGAUCGAUGAUGGUUGAAGCUUUUGCAGGUAAAGAGACCCUGAAAGUCCCCUAUAAAUCCCAUGGAAAAGGUGGGUUCAAGACUGCUAGUUUCAAAUUCACAGCAGAUACACCAAAGACAAGACUUACAUUCUACAGUUCCUUCUACCACACAAGGAUUGAUGACUUUGGAACUCUCUGUGGCCCUGUUUUGGAUCAAGUUAUGGUUUUAUCUGUUAAGCAUUAGUUGUUAGCCAGUACAAUCAAAGUGUCAUUUAAAUCAUAUAUGUUAGGUUCUGUUUCUGUAUACUUGAAAACUUGGCUGUGGUAGGACUUCA